AAAAACAAGAAGUAGAUGGAGUUUAUAUUGUAAAAGAAGGAACAUUUAAAAUAAUGAGAAAUUACGAAGGUCAAAUAAAAGAAAAAGAUAAAGUAACAAAAAUAAAAGAUAUUGAACAAAGAAAUUGUAAUAAAAUAUAAGAUUUAUAAAUAUAAAAAAACAGAAAGUAAAAAUACAAAUAAUUUAAAGU